GCCUGCCCUUCAGAGAUAAACAUCACAUAUUAUCGAGGAGAAGCUUCCCCGAAAGCAUAUUCCGAUUAGGGUUCCUUCGCAAGAUCCCUUUCAUCCCUCUCCACAUCUCUCGUCGAUCCGCCCGCUCAUAAAUUCAGGUUUCCUUCCUCGGAUCUCGUCCCAGCAGUACAGGUCGUCGUCUCGAGUUUCUGAUUGACAGUCGGAGACUGUCAUUCACUGGGAGGAUGUCGGUGAAGAUCCACCUCAUGGAGAGUUUCCGGUGUCAGCCUUAUAUUUAUUUCGGCAUUCGGAAUUCUCAAUUCUGCCGAUGACUUGAUCGAUGCAAUGAAGUUCCUAGAAUACACUCCUCUGGAACGCAUAAAUGAUUUCCUGGAUCAUUUGAAUCUUGGUGAAAGAACCAUAAAGGGAUGCCUCGAAGCUUAUUCUUGCAAGCACACAGGAACAGAUAAAAGAUUGUCUUUCAGCCUGGAGCAUGAGAUUCUUGAUUAUCUUGGGAAAUCCUCGGACAGUGACUCUCCUUCACGAGCUGAUUCCUUGUUGAGCAGAUCCAGCCGGAAGACAUUGAUAUAUUUGGUUCUGGCACUCUAUCACAUGUAUCCAGAUUAUGAUUUCAGUGCGGUGAAAGCUCACCAGUUCUUCACUGAGGAAACUUGGGGCAGCUUUAAGCAGAUUUUCGAUACUUACAUGUUUGAAGCAUCAAAGGCAUGGAUUGAGGUCAAUGGGGACGGCUCCCUUCUGCAAACCCUGUAUGAGGCUCUUGAUGAGGUUGUGAAGCUUCCCGAGUGCGAGAUAUACAGCUACAAUCCUAACUCUGAUGCAGAUCCAUUUGCAGAGACAGGCGCAAUAUGGUCCUUCAGUUUCUUCUUCUAUAACCGGAAGCUAAAGCGAGUUGUCAGCUUUCGUUUCUGCUGCUUGAGUAACUUGGUGGGAGAGGCAUUUCUUCCGGAGGAAGUAGACUACUAUGAGGAUGUGGAAAUUUUCGAUGGCAUGGACAUGUAAAUACAACUACCUUGUUGUAUGUAGGGCGUGCCUGUAUUGUCCAGAGCAGCUUAGGCACUAGCAGUAGAUGUGAAUGCUAAUCUUCAUCCACAAAGCCACGACAGUCGGGCUUUGGUCCCUUCCCGUAUGUGCAGCUUCCUUCUCCCGUAAAUGUUCCUAGUAUGUAUCUAUGUUUCAAAUGUUUUAGGCGAAAUGAUCUAAAGAGAUGUGGGAUGACUCCGAUGUGGAUGACUCUGAGUACUCUUGUAAGUGUAAUAAGAAAGAAUGAUUCUGCUGCUUGUAUUGCAGUGAGUGAAUGUGCUUCUGCCUCCUGCCUCUUGUUCUUGAAUUAAUUUUCCCGAGUAAUUCUUCCUGUGGUU